UACCUAAGGACGAUAACAUAAAACCAAGUAAUAAAUAACUUUAAGGUUGGUUUGUGUUUUACUAACAAGAAAACACAUUUAAACCAGGGAUAUUCUUGGAACUCAGUGAUCACCAUCCAAUCUAAAUGUUUUUAUUUUUAUUUCAAUAGAUGUUUUUUGACUUUUGACAAGAUGUACGAGGCACAAUCGAAGGCAAUACAAGUCUCUUUCAAGAGGGCGGGACUGCGUGACGUCGCAACAGAGAACUCCAAUGAAGGACCAGCUCUUCAUGUAGGAAGACCAAUCAACGCAGAGGGACUGUCUGGUUGCGAAGGUAGUGAGUGGAAGUGUCAGUGUUCAGAAGCAAGUGUUCCCUCUGUACUGUAGUGUACGCUAUUUAGACUGUGUCAGCGUUGACAACAACACUCCGCCCAUACCACUACCAACUUUGGCGCUAAAUUCUCGGGCGUUAUGUUGCCUUCCUGUAUGUUUUAUUUUCCAUAUGUUGAAACUAAAAACUAGUUUGCAGUCUGGACGCGAGACCUUGCGUUGAAAGGCAUCCGUGAAGCACGGAUUUUACGAUGCCAUCCCCGAUGGAGGGGUCUUCCAGAGAAUGUGACCUGUUUACUGUGAAACAUGAGCUCAGACACGCAAAUCUAACCGGUCACGUGGAGAGGGUGGGCAUUGAAAAUUUUGAGCUGCUAAAGGUCUUGGGCACAGGAGCCUAUGGCAAAGUGUUCCUUGUCCGUAAAGUGAGUGGUCACGAUGCGGGGAAACUGUAUGCCAUGAAAGUCUUAAAGAAGGCCACCAUUGUACAAAAGGCAAAGACUGCUGAACACACGCGCACAGAGCGGCAAGUGCUAGAGCACAUCCGUCAGUCGCCUUUUCUCGUCACCCUUCACUACGCCUUUCAGACGGACACAAAGCUGCACCUUAUUCUUGAUUAUGUGAAUGGUGGGGAGCUUUUCACACAUUUAGUGCAGAGGGUCCGAUUUAAGGAGCAGGAAGUGGCCCUUUACAGUGGAGAGAUCGUACUAGCACUUGAGCAUUUGCACAAGCUUGGAAUUGUCUAUCGGGACCUGAAACUUGAAAACAUUCUACUGGAUUCAAACGGACAUAUAGUUCUCACAGAUUUUGGCCUGAGUAAGGAGUUUGAUCAGGUAGAAAGGGCGUUCUCUGUCUGCGGCACUAUUGAAUAUAUGGCUCCAGAGAUUGUGGAGGGAGGAGAGUCCGGACACGACAAGGCGGUGGACUGGUGGAGCCUGGGUGUACUGAUGUAUGAGCUGUUGACUGGAGGAUCUCCCUUCACAGUUGAUGGAGAUGAGAACAAUCACACAGAUAUUGCCAAGAGAAUUUCAAAGAAGGAUCCUCCUUUUCCUAAAGAUAUGGGACCACUGGCCAAAAACCUCAUUCAGCGACUCCUCAUCAAAGAUCCAAAGAAGAGAUUAGGCUCCGGUCCUAAUGGAGCAGAGAACGUGAAGAAACAUCCGUUUUACCAGAAAAUUAACUGGGACGAGUUGGCAGCUAAGAAGGUGCCUGCUCCCUUCAAACCAGUGAUCCGGGAUGAGCUGGACGUCAGCAACUUUGCAGACGAGUUCACGGAGAUGGAUCCUACUUAUUCCCCAGCUGCUCUUCCUCAGAACUGUGAUCGCAUCUUCCAGGGCUACUCCUUCAUGGCCCCCUCCAUCCUAUUUAAGAGGAACGUGGUGAUGGACGACCCUGUCCAGCUGUGUGGGGGCUCGGAGAGGCCGGGUUGUGCCGCGGUGGCCCGCAGCGCCAUGAUGAAAGACUCACCCUUCUACCUGAGUUAUGAGAUGGACCUGAAAGACAAUGCUCUGGGAGAAGGAAGCUUCUCCAUCUGCAGACGCUGCACGCACAAGAAGACUGGACAGCAGUACGCUGUCAAAAUAGUCAGCAGGAGAAUGGAACCACAGACGCAGAGGGAAUUAGCAGCUCUGAAGCUCUGCGAUGGUCACCCCAACAUUGUCAAGCUGCACGAAAUUUAUCACGACCAGCUCCACACCUAUCUGGUCCUGGAGCUCCUCGGUGGAGGAGAACUUCUGGAACGGAUACGCCGAAAGCAGCACUUCAGUGAGACAGAGGCCAGCCGCAUCAUGCGCAAACUGGUGUCGGCGGUCAGUCACAUGCACGAUGUAGGAGUGGUGCACAGGGACCUUAAACCAGAGAAUCUGCUCUUCACAGCUGAGAGUGAAAACUCAGAGAUAAAAAUCAUAGACUUCGGCUUUGCUCGACUCAAACCACCAGACAAUCAGCUCCUGAAGACUCCCUGCUUCACACUGCAGUACGCUGCACCAGAGAUACUCAAAUACGACGGCUAUGAUGAGUCUUGUGACCUCUGGAGUCUUGGGGUCAUUUUGUACACCAUGCUGUCUGGUCAGGUGCCCUUCCAGUGUCAGGGGAAGAGUCUGACUCACACCAGCGCUGAGGAAAUCAUGAAGAAAAUCAAACAGGGAGACUUUUCAUUUGAAGGAGAGGCCUGGAGGAACGUGUCCCAGCAGGCCAAGGACCUAAUACAAGAGCUGCUGACGGUGGACCCAAACAAGAGGAUUAAAAUGUGUGGUCUGCGCUACAAUUCCUGGAUCCAGGACGACAGCCAGCUGUCCUCAAACCCACUAAUGACCCCGGACAUCCUGGGCUUCUCCACCGCCUCUGUCCACACUUGUGUCAAAGCUACAUUUAAUGCGUUUAACAAAUGUAAGCGUGAAGGUUUCCGCCUUCAGACAGUGGACAAGGCGCCGCUCGCCAAGAGGCGGAAGAUGAAGAAGACGAGCACCAGCACCGACACCCGCAGCAGCUCCAGCGAGAGCACCCACUCUUCUUCCUCCUCCUCCCAGUCGCAGGAGAAAACCUCCACUGAGGGUGAUGCCAACCUGCAGCCCUCCAACAACACCCCCCUCACCACGCCCGGCAAUACGCCCCUCGCUGUGACAUCAGACAUUGAAAACCAACCGGCUCCACCGGCCUUUAGCUUCACAGAGGGACAGUGAGUGAAGAAGUCAGGACAAGGUGAGGUCGAGGUGAGGAUUUAGGACAGUUUUCUAAGAGCGUUUGAAGACAGAUCUCUUUUUGUCAUCCCUGCCUCGAUUGCAUGGGCAUUUGCACGUCUCUCUAGAAAAAAAAAAAGAAGAAAAGCAGGCAGCAGGGGGCAGCAGUCAGAAAUAGAACCUCAAUAUCAACCAAUCAGUCAUUACUAGCAAUAGACUUUGACCGUGUCUUCUUCCUGGUCGACCGGAGACUGGACCUAGAAGAUGUCUUCAUUGAUGUCCUAAAUGAAAAAAACAAGGGCUGCAAUACUGCCGCACGUUCAGAUGCAGGACAGAAAUUUGAGCGACACCUUCAGUCUCCUGCUAAAAUCACAGCCGUCUUUGUCUUUGUCCACGCCCCUGCAGUUUUUUAAAGGGAAAGUCGUAGUGUUUACAUCACGGAUGCUUCGUGUUUAUUUAUUGUUGUGUCAGUUUAGAGCAGUAAAAGGAAUGCGAUGUUCUGCAGCAACAAGAGUCCGCUGACUCUGGAGAACAGCUCUGCAAAAUAAAGCAGGGUUUUAUAUGUACAUUUUACAGACAGAGUUAUUUAUUAUUAUAAUAUUGAUAAUAACGAUAAGCUAUAUUAUUAACUUAUUUAUGCUUCAGAUGGAUCUGAAAAGAAAUACUUUAUUGGACACGGAGAGUGAGGUUGUGGGGAAAGAAGAGAACAUUUUAUGUUUGUGUGUGUGUGUGUGUGUUUGUGAGGUAUUAUCAGCCUGAAAGACCGUUUUCAUGUCGUCAGAAUUUGUUUUUGUCUCUUUGUAGUCCGAUUGUCACACUUUUGAAGAUAAGAUGAGAUUCAAACCCUCAACCUCUGUUUUUAACUGGUUGACCAGCCACAACCAGAGUCGGACGUUUUGGGUUUCACUCACAGAUGCGUCCAGUUUUCUAAAACCAGAGUUCAUGUUCAGUCACAUGUGGAGUUUUAUUGUUGUGUGGGGAAUUCUGCUGCCUGAUGGGAUGUGACCCAAACAGAGGAGCUAUAUUUAGGUUUGUUACUGCGUCUGCUGUGGGAGUGGGGCCAUUUCAGAACUCUCUGCAUCUGCUAAUGGACCAUCAGGUCUCGGCCACAAAAAAAUGGAUGUACAGUAGUUAUCGAAGCCUAGAAGUAGAUACUUGUGAGGAAAUACUUAAAAAAUUAAGUCACUAAUCAAUUGAUUCUUUUUCAUUAAAGAAGUUCAUUAUCUCCCUGUCUAGGGUUAGGGUUAGGUUUUUAACUCUUUUUUGAGUUUCUCUAAGUUGGUUGAUUUUUUUUGGUCUCAACUUGCAGUUUGUUUUCGCUUAGAUUUUGGUAAAUUCUUUUACCAUCUUAUGGCUUUUAUUUAACUGUGUUUUGCUAACCUUUAGUUCUGUAUAACUAAGUCAUGACUAACAUAGCUUAGUUUAACUAGUUCUAUUGGUCUAUUGUUGUAUUGAUACCACAUCGUGAGGAAAAUUAAUUUGCCUUUGAAUAUUUUCUUGAUUUUUACCACAGGGAAAUGACUGACCGACCGACCGACUGAUCGAUCGAUCGAACGACCGACUGACUGAGAGUUCAGUGCAGAUUUAAAGCCUUUGCUGUAAAUGUGUCAAUGUUAGAGAGCUAGACAGUAGUUCUAUCUACCAAAGGGUAGAUUUAGUUAACAUUUUUUAGCUAAUGCUAAUUUAAGUUAACCUCUAAAGAUACUGUAGCUAAUUUAAAUACACAUUUAUUUGAUUGUAAGCAAUCCUUUAUAUCUAUAUAUUGUGACUAGUCUUGGCUACUUUGACUUUUUGCAAUCUUUUCUGUGAACUUGUAACUAACUUUGUUAAGGCUCAGCUACAUCUUGGAUUUUUUUUAAGCUAGGUGCACAAGUCAUAAAACAGUCAUAGUCCUAGUGCUCGCUGUGGUGAUUGACAGCUGGACUGUCCAGUGAGGGCCUGGUUGCAGGCGAUACCAGUGCAAAGUGGCGUCUCGUUCCAGUGAACAGAUUAAAAACCAUUGAAACCAGUAACCAAAGUUCACUGGUGCUAAUGAGAAAACCAUUAAGUAUUUCCUGUCUACUUCUAGGACUUCUCUCACAACUGUUGUUUACAAGAAAAAAAAAGCUCAAUACAUUUUUAUAUGAGGUAUAUUUAAGGCCUUCAGCCUGGCAGAGAGUUAGCGUUUUGUUUUUUUGAUUGUGAACUUAUCAAAUGUCAAGUCCAUGUUGGAGCAGAACGAUGCGAGUUCAUUGAGGAAGAGUGAAAUCAGUACAAGAGGAGAUUUAUGUGCCAAAAAUCAUACCAGGUGGAGAACCAGAGGUUUUAAUGUGGUGAUCCUUGAGGACAUUUCGUGGCAAUACUGUGCAGAAGUUGCCCCUCGUGUCACCGCCUAAGCUCUACCCUUUAUAAAACAUCACUUUUGUGAGGAAUGACCUUUAAAUCUCUCUUUGAAAAAUAUCUCAGCCCUUUCGUCAUCUUGUACUGCAUGACUGAAACGAAAUAUCUUUGCACUGUGUGACAGUUCAGACCUUAAUGCAAAUCUGUCUGUUUAGUGUUAAAUGUCCAGUGCAUGAUGGGAAAUUAAAACGUCAGCCUCUGUCUAUUUUUUUUUUCUUUUUUAUUCUUGCGUUUGUCAGCUGGAAUUUUUUGUUUUUCAUCUUCAUUCCCUUAAGGAACUUAAGCUUUUACUGUUACCGGGCGGAGUAGUGUUAGAAUAAAAACAUUAAUAAAAUUAUUAUUAUAUAAAUGGUUAGAAACCCGUCAGAACAAUGGUUUCAAACUGAAGUCAUUUACGACCUGCACAAUUAUCCAGUAUUAAAACAAGUCCUUUUUUUUUUUUAUUGGUCACACAAAGAUGAGUUCAACCAAAUUUGUUUGUGCAGUGAUUGGCAUUUUUACUUUUAUGUUGCAAAAUGUAACCUCAUUUGUGGAUAAUCAAACAGCCACAACUGUCAGUAAGUUUUAGCAAAUUCUUUUUAGUUGUGUUUUUAGCAAUUUUUGUGUGGCUACUUUAGCAAACUUUUAUUAUAUUUUGUAGCUAACUAAAAAAAAAAAGAUUUAGUGACAGUGGUUAAAAUUGGUUUCUUUUUGUUUAUUUACCUGUUGUUUCAUUUUUAAAACAGGAUAACUCCAUCUUGGGAAUAACAAUAACUAAUGUAUAAUAUAAAUAAUAUUGUCAGUGUUUUUUUUAUUUACAGUACUAUUGUCUAUUGUUCCUACCUAUACCUAAUACCAGCUAGUUAGUGUCAUAUGUUUUUUUUUUUUUUUUUUUUUACAGUUUCUGCAUUUCUUUUUGAAGUCCUGUAUGUGUUACUAUGUGCUGCGGUAGUUAAAACACUGUAUUUAGUUGUACUGAAGAGUUCCUUCAGACCAGUACAGUAUGUGAAGCAUUUUCUCCUGCUCAGUCUGGACAAACACACACGUUUGUUGGACUGAUGUGUUUAUUAAAACACUUUUUCUUUCCCUUUACCUUCUUCCAUUUUAACUUACUCUCAGUCUGAACCAAAGCAUUAACUCAAAGGUAGCUGCUCUCAGUGCAGGAGGUUUUACUUUCAUGGAAAUAUGCAACAGAAUGCUUUUUCAACCGCUGUCUCUGUUUGUUUGUUUGUUUUAGUGAAAUAUUUUGUAGCACACUUGUAACGAUUGCGUUACAGAAUCUACUAUUCUAAUUUAUUUUUAAACCAGCACAUAAUCACGCUUUAACUAUGCAUCUGUUUUCACUCUUGUGUUGCUUUUGUCACUCAAUGGUUCCCAGUACUGUACAUUUACUCCAAUAAAAUCAACCACAGCAGAAAUAGCAAAACACAA